UCAGAGACUCGGUUUUGUCAUCCGCGCGCGCGCUCAGAUGCCGCUGAGGCGGACAGCGUGGGAAGAACGAAACUGUUAAGGAUUUUUACCGCCAUUUUUCUUUUACUUCUUCUCUUUUUUUUAAUCCUUCUCUCCUACCCUACCCAGAGCGGCAAUUAGGACCGGACCGUGGUGACUCUGACGCAAGGGGGAUGCUCAGUUUCCUGCUGUUCCAGAAAGUCUGCUGAGAUAUCACUGAAGAUGUCAUGUCGACCAAAAAACGACAGGGCAGGUAUAAUAAGUCCUCAUCCUGGUAAGAAUGAUGAGCAGAUUGGACCGAUUGGUUUCGAAGCUUAGUUAGAUGAGAGUACCCAGUUAGACGCGUGUCUUCGAACUGGAAUUCGGGAUGCCGCUCGGCACGUGAAAACCCAAAACCGAUCGAUCAUGUUCAAUCCGUUUUGGCGAACGCAAACGGAGUUCCUUCAGGGAAUAAUAUUCCAUGUGUAAAAUAUCAGAAUGACAGACUCCAUGAGGAAAAUGCUCCAUCUUGCUGGAAAUGAUGCAUGGAUGUUCUCAACCGAAGCUGAAGGUUGGUUAGCGUUGCACAUGCUCGAACAGCGGCCCGUACUUUGGCGCUAUGCUCUAGCGCCAAUAUGAGAGUCUUCCUGGCGCGUUGAGCUUCUCCGUGCCAGUCCACAUGCAGGCCAAGAAGCGCUACGUGCUAGCGUUGGCGGCGGCUUGCGCCACGCUGCUCGCUUACAUCUGCACUCUGCACACCACCGAGAUCCAGGCGCACAGCGACGAGCUGCCCUUUUACACCCUUCUCAACCAUGCCGAGCAGCCGUACCUCUACUUGGAGGAGGUAGAACCGGAAGAGUACGGACCGCUGAUGCUGCUGCGGCGCGAGAUCCAAAACAACAUGUACAAGAGCCGGCGCUGUCGCAUGGACACCUGCUUUGACUUCGGUCGGUGUCAGGGUGCUUUUCGGGUCUAUGUGUACCCGCCAGGCACGAGCACGGUCACUGGGAUUUCUGAGAAUUACCGGAAAAUUCUGGCCGCCAUUGAGGACUCACGGUUCUAUACGAACGAUCCAAGCGAAGCGUGCCUUUUUGUGCUUAGUGUGGACACGCUGGACCGUGACAGGUUGUCACCACAAUAUGUGCAGGAUGUCAGAACUCAGAUUCAGAACCUUCCACUGUGGAAUGAUGGAAGAAACCACCUGAUCUUUAACCUGUACUCUGGAACAUGGCCCGACUAUGCUGAGGAUUUGGGUUUUGAUGUAGGCCAGGCCAUGUUGGCCAAAGCCAGCGUCGACGUGCAGAACUUCAGGCCCCAUUUCGAUGUCUCCAUACCACUUUUUUCCAAAGACCACCCCCAGAAAGGUGGCGAGAAAGGUUUUUUGGCAUCCAACAAUGUCCCGCCUGCACGGAAAUACCUUCUGGUGUUCAAGGGAAAGAGGUACCUGACAGGAAUUGGUUCGGAAACCAGGAACGCUUUGUAUCACAUACAUAAUGGGGAAGAUAUGAUUUUAUUGACCACCUGUAAGCACGGGAAAGACUGGGAGAAGCACAAAGACACGCGAUGUGACCAGGAUAAUGAAGAAUACUCAAAAUUUGAUUACCAGGAGCUGCUGCACAACUCAACUUUCUGCCUAGUGCCUCGUGGCCGGCGACUCGGAUCUUUCCGUUUCCUCGAAGCCCUGCAGGCAGCGUGUAUCCCUGUAUUACUGAGUAACGGAUGGGAGCUGCCUUUCUCCGAGGUCAUCGACUGGAGUAAAGCUGCUAUCAUCGGAGAUGAGAGAUUACUAUUGCAGAUUCCCUCUAUCACCAGGUCCGUGAAUGCUGAGCAAAUCCUGGCUCUGAGACAGCAGACGCAGUUCCUGUGGGACUCCUACUUCUCCUCAGUGGAUAAAAUUGUCUUAACCACAUUAGAGAUCAUCCAGGACAGGAUAUACAUCUACACCUCAAGAAGCAUGCUGAUGUGGAACUCUCUCCCAGGUGGACUCUACACACUCCCUCGGUUUUCCUCGUAUCCCACCCUUUUCCCCUUUUACUACGGCCUCCUCGGUAAGACUCCACAGCAGGAGUUCACAGCUGUUAUUCAGGCCCUGGCUCCUCUUCAGUCUCCUCAGCAACCCAUCUUCAAACUUAUCCUCGCUGUUGCCAAGUCCAGGUUCUGUGCUCAGAUCGUCGUGCUGUGGAACUGUGACAAACCUUCACCCCCCAAAAGCAAAUGGCCGUCUAUAAGCGUCCCUCUGACCGUAAUUGAGGAGGAAAGAAAGACCAUGAGCAGACGCUUUUUCCCUCAUGACGUCAUCGGGACCGAUGCCGUGCUCAGCUUGGACGAGGACUCAGUGCUGUCCACAAAUGAGGUGGAUUUUGCCUUCAUCGUGUGGUACAGUUUUCCUGAGCGGAUAGUGGGAUAUCCAGCACGCAGUCAUUACUGGGACACAGCCAAGGGGAGGUGGGGCUACACGUCCAAAUGGACCAAUGAGUAUUCGAUGGUGCUGACGGGCGCCGCCUUCUACCACAGGUAUUAUCACUUCCUGUACACUCACUACUUACCCAGUCGGCUGCUCUCCAUGGUGGACCAGCUCGCCAACUGUGAGGACAUCCUCAUGAACUUCCUAGUCUCCACGGUAACCAGGUUGCCGCCAAUCAAAGUCACGCAGAAGAAACAGUACAAGGAGACGAUGAUGCAACAGGGGUCGAAGCCGUCGCGUUGGGCCGACCCGGACCACUUCGCCCAGCGCCAGUCCUGCAUGAACUCCUUUGCCGCCUGGUUCGGCUUCAUGCCGCUCGUCCACUCUCAGCUCCGCCUGGAUCCGGUUCUGUUUAAAGACCAGGUGUCCAUCUUACGCAAGAAAUACAGAGACAUCGAGAGACUGUAGAGAGAUCUGACUCGGCCUCAGAGCGCUCAGACGUCUCGUAUCCAUGGACAGGUGUUUAUAAGAGUCCUGAUUGGCCGAGACGUGGUUUAGUCAUUUAAUUUCAAAUAUAUGCAACUCCGGGUUUGAUUUUCUUUAGCGGCUCUGGACGGGUUUCUGAGAAUCCUUUAUCAUCAUCGUCAUCUUCAGAGGACGCCAGAGCUCCAGGGACUGCCUUGAGGGACGGAAGGACGGCCCAAAGACGAGGCCCAAACUCACACCAAUGCCUGCAAUAUGUACAUUCAGUUCCUUUAUUUUUUGUACGAUUCUGCCUUUUUUUAAAAGAAGUCUAAAGUCGAAUAAAGUCUCUGAAUGCCACAGGAUGGACUGAUGAUUACACGUGUCUCAGUUCUGGUCUCUGGGGUUCCAGUGAAAGAAUUUGUAUUGGGUGUCUAUUUGCAGUUAUUCUUACUGUGACUUAUUGCACAGAGGAAUUAAAAAUGUGUUGUGUUCACCUAGAAUUGAGCAAAGGUCCUUGUAAUAAAAGCAUAGU